AUGUCGUCACAAGAGAGACCGCUCUAUCUCGGCUUUGACCUGUCAACCCAGCAGCUAAAAGCAAUUGUGAUUACGUCCGAAUUGAAGGUUCUAUAUGAAGCCAAGACGGACUUCGAUGCAGAUCUCUCAAAAUAUGGCAUCAAAAAGGGUGUUCAUGUCAAUGAAGCAGAGCGAGAAGUCUAUGCUCCAGUUGCUAUGUGGCUGGAAGCAGUGGACAUAGUUUUGCAAAGAUUGAAAGAGAAAGGAACACCAUUUCAUAGAAUCAAAGGUAUCUCUGGAGCGGGUCAACAACAUGGAAGUGUAUACUGGAGUAAGACUGGUGAGGUGCUAUUGGGUAGCUUGAAUCCGGAAGAGACUUUAGUUUCUCAGCUUGAGAAGAAGGCCUUUGCACACCCUUUCAGUCCCAACUGGCAAGAUGGUAGUACCCAAAAGGAAUGUGAUAAAUUCGAUGCGGAGCUUGGCUCAGCAGAACAACUUGCUCAAAUUACUGGAAGCAAAGCUCAUCAUCGCUUCACGGGACCUCAAAUCAUGCGUAUGCAUAAGAAUCAUCCCGAAGUAUACCGUGCUACAUCCAGAAUUACCUUGGUGUCCUCAUUUUUGGCCUCAGUCUUCCUAGGCAAGAUAGCAGAUUUCGACAUCAGCGACGUGUGCGGCAUGAACCUUUGGGAUAUUAAUGCCGGAGCCUGGUCGGAGCCUCUUCUCACUUUGGCAGCUGGAGAAGAUGGCCUUGAAUCUCUCAAGCAGAAGCUUGGUUCCGUACGAGAAGACGGUGGCGGCAGCAUGGGCCCAAUCUCUUCCUAUUUCGUCAAACGUUACAACUUCGCGCCUGACUGUGGCAUUGCUCCAUUUACAGGCGACAAUCCAUCCACAAUUCUCGCUCUACCAUUAAGGCCACUCGAUACAAUAGUUUCGCUAGGUACCUCGACCACCUUUCUCAUGUCAACACCCAAAUACGUUCCGGAUCCAGCAUACCAUUUCUUCAACCACCCCACUACUGCAGGAUUAUACAUGUUCAUGCUCUGCUACAAAAAUGGCGGUCUUGCACGCGAGAAGAUCCGAGACGCCCUCCCCAAAUCAGAAACCGCCGACUCAUGGUCCAACUUCAACAAAGCCGCCCUCGACACCCCACCUCUAGACCAAAAAUCCAGCUCUGAACCCGCAAAACUAGGUCUCUUCUUCCCGCUUCCCGAAAUCGUGCCAAACGUCAGAGCCGGAACGUGGCGCUACACAUGCUCAAGCGAUGGUUCUAAUCUCCAAGAAUCGAACGAGAUGUGGAGCAAGGAAGCAGAUGCACGAGCGAUCGUCGAGUCUCAAAUCCUCUCUCUUCGUCUGCGAUCUCAAAAACUUGUUCAUAGCCCUGCCAAGGGACUUCCUCCGCAGCCAGGUAGGAUAUACCUUGUUGGUGGAGGAUCGCUGAAUCCUGCGAUCGCGAGGAUCGUUGGUGAUGUCUUGGGCGGUGCUGAAGGAGUAUGGAAAUUGGAUGUAGGUGGAAAUGCUUGCGCUCUGGGCGGUGCGUAUAAAGCUGUAUGGGCAAUUGAAAGGAAAGAAGGAGAGAGUUUUGAGGACUUGAUUGGAGGCAGAUGGAGGGAGAGCGAAGCGGUGGAGAAAGUCGAUGAUGGUUAUCGGGAAGAUGUCUUUCAUAGGUAUGGAAAUGUGUUGAAGACGUUUGAGGAGAUGGAGUGGCGAGUGCUAGCAGGGGAGGAGAGAAAUAAGAAGUAG